ACACUUUCAGGGGCAGUUGAUGCGCUUUCUAAACACUGUCGGAGACAAAGAAGGUCGCUUAUUCUUCUACGCAGCCGGCGCAAACGUAUUCCUCAUCGCACUCUCCGCAGCUCUUCUCGCUCUCUUCUACACAUUCCAACCAUUCAUCCGACCUUUACUGUGGGCUGCACUCUGUGGCUGCGUGCUGCAUCCUCUCAAGCAAACAUGCAGCCGUUCGUCACGUUACUGGUUGAGACAAACAAAGAAGAGUCGAGGAGGCUUGAUGCUGCGUGUGUUGAUGUUGCCCGCGCAAAUUGCGAGAGGAUUUAUUGUGUGGAUGAAUGAGUUUGUGUGGGCAUAUGCGCAUGUGCUGAGAUUCAGUGCUGUGGUGAUGGGUGUGUGUGUCGGUGUCGAGUACUGUGGAGGGCAGUUUGUUGUCGGAGUGUUGGAGACUGUGUGGGAUAUGUUGGAUGGAGUUUGUGUGAUGAUUGAUUAUCUGCAGGCUUUUCAUGUAUGGACCAUUGCUGUUGGUUACAUUAUUCUCAUCGUUUUCUUUUGGUAUCCUCAAUGUUCUAUUCUAACCCAUCUCUCAUUCCCAGUGUGGCUUCUUCUCAUAGUCUGGUCAACAGGCUUCAUAUCAUCCAAAUUCUAUCGUUUAGUGACGUUAACAGGAGCUCUAAUUCUCUCGUUUUCCGGUUAUAUUUGUCUUCGGUAUGCCAGUAAUGGCUCGUCUUCAGACUCCAGUGAGCAGACAGAGAGCGAGGACUCGGCUGAUUGUGUACAGAAAGUCCAACGUCCACCUCCUAUUACAUUACGUCGUAAACCAAGACUCAUUACACAAUGGACGGUUUCGUUCCUACACGUUGACAAAGAUGACAUCGAUGGACAGAAGGAAAACAUUCGAUCAAGUAGAACAUACUUUGCUGCUUUACUGUGGGCAUUCGUUGUUGUCAAAUUGCUACAAAACUUGUGGCUUCUGCUGCUGCUUCUCCCAGUUGUGUUUGUCAUUUUGUUGACGUACAACUUGGUUGUCUAUUUCCAAGUUGUGGAAUGGGUUCAAAACAAGUGGCAGGAUUCAGACAUCAAGAGAUGCAUUGAUUUGUUUUUUGAGGCCAGACAAGAUGUGUUUUUGCCGGCUCCUGUACGAGGUGUGUUACGUUUGUUGACGGCUGCUGACAGGCAGGUUGUUUGUCGGCUGGAAAAAUGGGUUGAUGCAUUGAGCAGUUUGUUUGUGAUUGGAUGUGUGCUCAUCACACUCUCGUCGUUGUCUGUGUUUUUGCUUGUACAGGUGCAUGGAGAGGCAGUUCAUCUGGCAACAGGAACAAAAGAGUUGUGGAAUGAUACAAUAGCAAAGAGCCCGGAUAUUCAAAGAUGGGUGAUGACUAAUCUUGAAGAGAGUGGGUUUCAAAGCAAGUUGGAUUCAGCUGUUGAGAAAGGGUACACAUUUGGACGUGAAUGGAUAGUAGAAAAGAUUCGUGGUGUGUUUUCUGGUCAUGGAGUCAAUACAACGAAAUUGGAAAAUGAUUUUCUAAUUGCAUACGAUAGGAUGUACAACAAACUGUGGACACCGACAGACACGACUACAAACAAAACGUCUGUUCGACUGCACGGUUUUGAAGGUUUGUCUGCACUCUGGUCGGAUCUGUUUGAAGACAGCGUGCGUCUUAGUGAUUACAUCAUACCUUUACUGAAGGAGAAUUUGGACAUUUUGACAACAGUCUUGCAGUCUGUGUGGGCAGUCCUAGCCAGUAACAUCACUAUUGCUGUGCAGAUGUUGACAGCAACCAUCUGGGUCGUCUUCACAAGUGGAACAACCGUUCUCAACUUCAUCCUUUCACUUGUUAUCUUCUUCACCACUUUGUUCUACUUGUUGUCAUCACCAAGAAAGGAUUACAUUCUGUUGUGGUAUAUCACAUCUCUCUUGCCGGCUGAUUCUCGUGUUAACAGAAAGAAAUCGGAGAAUUCAAUGUCUAAAGUUGUGCAGAGUGUGUUUGGAGCUGUUUUGAAAAUGGCGUCAUUCUAUGGUCUCUUUACGUGGCUCAUACACACAAUGUUUGGUAUCCAUGUGGUUAUCAUACCAUCAGCUAUUGCUGCAGCGUUUGCUGCGAUUCCUUUCUUCGGAGCCUACUGGGUCGCUGUACCGGGAGCCAUUCAUCUAUGGUUUACUGGUCACGUGAUUUAUGCUGUUGCAUUCUUCGUCUUUCACUUGAUUCCAAUGUCAUUCGUUGACCAAGCAAUUUAUGGUGGAAUUGAAGGUGGUGGACAUCCGUAUAUCACGUGCUUGUCUAUCGCUGGCGGAAUGUUCUGGUUUGGUUUGGAAGGUGCAAUUAUUGGUCCUCUCUUGUUGUGUUGUAUUCUGGUUGCAUUGGAUAUUUAUCACGAGUACAUAGAAGAGAGCAGUGAAGACGAGUCGCUGCCUAGACAGUCAACUCCACGACCAUCACCAUUGAACAGGAGUGUCAGCGUUGUUGAACCUGGAGAAAUUUCCUUUCAAUGAUGUAUACUCUGGAAGUCAAUGAAUUUUGAGAAAUCAUAUGGUGCAGUGCAUGGUCCUCACAAUCAGUUAACUUAACAAAUUGGUUGCGGCUGUUUACUGUAAAUGCUAACUUUGUACGAUAUGUUUAUGAGUUGAUAUCAAAGAGCUAAUGUAAUAGUGAAACUAAGU